AUGGCCACGUCAAUGUUAACGCCGCACACCAAAUUUAGUACAACCGUAGUAGUGCACGGUAGUAGUGCCUCGAUGUCCGGCGCCACUCGUCGCGUCGUCGAGUUCACGAUUCAACACUCACUCUCGACCUCGCGUGACGACCAAUCGAGCCCCGCGAUGUCGACCGAAGACUCGCCCACGUCUCGCGCGUCUCGCCUCAGACGUCGGCUCGUCGCGCUCAAGCGCACCGCACACGACGUCGCAUCGAGUUCCAUCGCACAUCCGGCCCUCGACGUCGUCAUCGACGCCGCCGCAACGCGUGCGUGCGCCAUCGCCGCCGACGCGCGCGCGCGAGCGGUGCUCGAGCGCGCCGAGAGCGAGCUCGCGACGCUUCGUAUCGCCAACCAACGAAAUGCCCAGACUUUGGCUCGAGACGCGCGCGCGUUCGCAACGUCCACGUGCGCGUUCAACGCGACGCGCGUCGGCGUCGAUGUGGUUUGGAACUUCCCGAGUGGUCGCGUCGAGCCGAGGACAGCGGUGACGUGGACGAAGAUGCGGGUGCUUCGCGCGGUGGAGGUGGGAGCGCGUCGCGCGCGCGUUCGAGCCGAACGAGCCCGAGCGGCGAUGACGAGGGACGACGGCGCGGACGAAAACGUGGACGAGGACGGUGCGCGUGAAGACGCGAUGGAUGUCAAUGAUGUUGACGAGGAGGAUUCGUCGUACACGUGCGCGGAGGUGGUGUAUCCGCGACGGGCGAUGACGCAGUGCGGAGCUUUUCGCGCGAUGGCAAUUUCUGCGAGAGACGCGUUCAAUGCCUCGUUCCUUGCCGCGGUCGAGCGACGACGAGAGAUCGUCGAGCGUUUGCGAUCCAUUGACCGUCGCGUGGCGAUCGCGCGCAAGAUGCUCAAUGAGCUCGGAGAAACCGCGGCGGAACCGGACGUGCUCGCGGAGUGGUGGGACGGCGACGCGAUGCGAUUGGCAAUGCGAUGCGGCGACGACACUGAGUUCCGUCUGGAAACGGUCGUUCGUCGCGAAGGAGACCUCAAGGAUGAAUUCAAUGACAAUAUGGUCUUGCCUUCGGACCGUGACGUGAGCGCGAACGAGAACUCGUCCUCACGCGCCGUGUCAAAACUGAGGACGAUGAUGGGCGAGGAUAUCGCUGACGAUGCGGGCAUCAUCGAUUUCGAGGCGUGCGACAAGCGACAGGGAUACGACGUCGCUCUGACCGCCGCGUCGAUCGUCAAUCGUCCCGAUUUCCUGGAUGAUAUCUUUCAUGAAGCCAACACUGAUAAGAACUCGGACGAUAUGCACCAAAAGAAGCUAUCGGCAACGAACAGAAAGGCGCUCACUGCUGAACAGACAGUUCGCUUGACGGAGUAUGAAAACGCGCUGGAAGCGGUGCGAGCCGCGCGCGACGAGCGACGAAACGCGCUUCGAGGCGAGAUUCGACGACUACUUCAAGAGGCGACCGAUAUCACGACAAUGUUUGAUGAACGUGUACGAGUACUCGCAUGCGAACGACGCGAUACAGCGUUCCAAAUGUUAAUGCUCGAUUUGCGCCGGGGGCGAAUCGCACGGCGACUUCACGAGCGCUUCAUCGCCGGUGAUUUCGACGGGAGAGUUGAAGAGGAGGCUCACCAGGUUCGACUCGUCGUCGAGCACGCGCAGAGAUCGAGUAAAGCGGUCCGGGAUUACACAGAUUCGAUCGAGCGAUCCAAGUCGGAUCUCGACGCGGCGGUGCUCGCAGUGAAAUCCGCGCUCAAAGCUUUUCGGAGAGACGUGCAGGAUAAUCCCGCCUCGUGCGUGCACCUCGACGCGCUCGUGAUGCUGUACCAACACCCGGACGCCAUCGCACGCGUAGAAGAUAACGUCCCGGGCGACAGACGGCGUGUGGGGGUGUUCCCCCAAGGAUUGGACGAUAGAUGGUGGGAUAAAUUGACCGCCGCUCGAUCGCGUCGAUUUGCGCUCGAGCGUGAGCUCGCGUCCAUGCGCGAGGCACAUGCGAAAACGUCGGCUCACAUGCGCGAGCUCGAGGCUGACGCUAGAAACGCUCAAAGUCGUGCGGACGCGCAAACGGAGGCGCUACACGCGUCGCGUUGUGCGCGUCGCAUUCGGGCGUACGACGUUGACGUCAGAUUAGACUGCUCGCGUGGAUUCAUCGAAAUCCCCCUGGUGAGCGUCGCAGACGCUGUAGAGCACGAUGACGUCAUUGUGAUCCCGAGAUCACGCAUCGACGACUUGAACGAAAGACUACGCGCGUCGCACGCGGCGAAGAUUCGCGGCGAAGAUUCUCGUGCAGCGACGAGAGACGAUAUUGAACACGUCAAGUGGGAAAUCCAAGCACUAGACCUGCGAUGCGAGGACAUCUCCGCCAGGUGCACCGAGGUUGCGCUCCUUCGAGUCAGCAAACGGCUACAACGAUUUCUCGCCGCGCACGAGACGACGAAGAGUGAUGAGGAUGAAUCGUCCGGACGAACGACGAUCGCCGCUACGCUCCGUGAGGACGUGAGCGAGGUGGCGGCGCUCGCCGGCCGUGUCGAUCGAAACGCCCGUCUUCAUGCGGAGCGAACGCAAAGAUAUCGACGAGAUCUCGAAAAUCUCGCGCGAAAAGAGCGUCGAUUACGCAAUUAUAUAACUCGUACCGAGCGCGAGAUCGGCGGGACGGAAAUCGCCAUGAAGAUGUGA